CCCGUGCUCUUUUAUAUCAUUAAUAAUAUUGGUGUCAUAAAUAUUUGAAUAUUCUUAUUAACUCAUACAACUUCACAUUAUGAAUACAACAUGGUUUCUUUAAAUUUUGACUCAUAAAAAGUUUGGUGAAAACCAAUAAAAAGAAAAAAAAAUAAUAAAAUAAAAUCAUGAACAUUUGAAAGUAAUCAGAAAUGUAAUAGAAAUUCAAAUUUGAAGCAUUUCCAUUAUUUCGUUUGAAUUAACUAUUAAAACCUUCAGUUUUUCUUUCAUACAUCCCUUUUUCAGUUCCCGUGCUCUUUUAUAUAUAUAUGAUAUAAUUUAUUCUUAAAUUAAUAUACAUCUAUUUCUAACGAAUAAUACUAGAUUGCUUCAUUGUUCUCAUAUCUUACAUUUUCAUCAAUUAUGAUUACACACACCAUUGAUUUUCCUUCUGCAUAAUACUAACUACUUUAAGCGCAAAUAAUAAAAUUUAUGAUUCAUCCGUACAAAAAAAGAGAUUUAAAAUGACAACUAUCAUUCAAAUAAUAAAAUAUCUUUUUCCAUCUAAACUUAUUACUCAUCAUAUAUGCGAUUUAGUUAAUCAACUACCAGAACAAAUUAUUAAAUCAAAUUACAUUUUUCUUAGUAUCGAGAACGAUAAUAAAACGCGACAAUUUUUUUAUUCAACUUUAGAAGAAUUGAUAACAAUUUAUAAUCAAUGUCCGCGAAAUGAACGAAGUUUAUAUGAAAUAAUUUUUCCAACAAAUAUAGUUAAAACGUACAUCGAUUUCGAAUACUACAUUGAUAAUAAUCUUGAUAUUAAUGAUCAUUGUAUUGGAGCAAAUUGUUUUCUAAAAAUCCUACAUUAUACAUUAAACGGCUUUAAUCACAAGGAGGAUCUGAACGAAAAUUAUAUUGAUAUUGCAUUACAACAACUUCUUGUAUUAGAAGCGUAUAUUUUGAUAAUCUCAUUCAACAAUUCACAAAUUCUUAAAACUUUGUUCUACGUUACAAAUUGA